AUGCACCGCGCUGCCUCCAACCAGCGCUCGGUCUCCUCCUCCUCGGGCUCCUUCCAGCCGCCGCCGCCGCCGCCGCCGCCGCCGCCGCCGCUGCCGCCGCACGCCGCCGACCGGCAGCCCCUCUUCCAGCGGGGCUCCAGCAGCGGCGGCAGCCGGCGGGGCUCGGGGUCGAGCUCGGGCUCGGCGCGGGGCUUCCAGGCGCUGUCCCUGGUGCUGCUGCUGGGGCAGGGCGCGCUGCUGGACCUCUACCUGAUCGCCGUCACCGACCUGUACUGGUGCAGCUGGAUCGCCACCGACCUGGUGCUGGCGGCCGGCUGGGGCAUCUUCUUCUGCCGCAACAGCCGGGCGCGCCGCCGGGAGCGGCCCCCGCCGCCCCCCGGGCCGCCGCCGCCGCACCCGCUGCUGCUGCACGGCCCCCCCGGCGGCCGCGGGGCCGGGGGCCGCGGGGCCGGGGUCCCCCCCCGCGGCGGCGACUUCGCCUACGCGCACCUCGCCUGGCUCAUCUACUCCAUCGCCUUCACGCCCAAAGCGGCGCUGAUCCUGGGCACCUCCAUCCUGGAGCUGAUCGAGCUGCGCCUGCCGCUGGGCACCACCGGCUUCCGCAUCACCCUGGCGCUCUCCGCGCCGCUGCUGUACUGCCUGCUGCGGGCCAUCGGCACCGAGGGCGCCGGGCAGCUGCUCCUGCCGCCGCAGCCGCCGCCGCAGCACCGCGCCGCCGCCGCCUUCCUCGCCACCUGCCUCGACCUGCUCGACAGCUUCUCCCUGCUGGAGCUGGUUCUGCAGCCCGGGCGGCCGGCGCCGCUGCCCGCUCCGCUGCGCUACCUGCUCAUCGCCGUCUACUUCCUCUGCCUGGCCUCGCCGGUGCUGUGGCUGUACGAGCUGAGCGCCGCCCGCCCGCCCGGCGCCGCCCGCCUCGCCCUGCACCUCCUGCUGCCCGCCGGGCUGCUGGACGCGCCGCUGCUGGCGCUGCGCUGCCUCCUGCUCCUGCGCUACCAGCAGCCGCUGUCCCUCUUCAUGCUCAAGAACCUCUUCUUCCUGACCUGCCGCGGCCUGGAGGCGCUGGAGACCUGCUGCCUCCUCCGCCCCGCCGCCGCCCCGCCGCCCGCCAAGUACGGCCCGGCCGCCGCCGCCCCCGCCGCCGCCCCGCUGGCCCACGGGCUCUCCGACGUGGACGUGGGUCCCCACGGGUACGUGAACGCCUUGGCGGUCACCGCCCAGGGCUGA